AUGACGAUCGACCCCCUGGUGUUUGAGGAGCAGCUGCUGUGGGUGAGCGGAGCCCAGGGUCAGGUGAACACUUACAGGAUCCCGCUGCUCACCUUCACCCCCAAAGGAAGCCUGCUGGCGUUUGCAGAAGCCAGGAAGUCUUCUUCUUCUGACAUUGGAGCGAAAUUCUUUGCUUUGCGGCGCUCCACAGACAAAGGAGGCACCUGGUCCCCGACCACCUUUAUUAUCGAUGACGGGGCGGCACCGGAUGGAAUAAACCUGGGCUCUGUUGUGGUGGACGAGGAAGUGGGCUCAGUGAUUCUGAUCUACUCAGUGUGCUUCCACCACUACCACUGUAGCCCGGCCAGCAUCAUGAUGGUGGAGAGCCGGGAUGACGGCCUCAGCUGGACCCCGCCCAGAAACCUCUCGGUUACGCUCGGCGUGAAGAGCUUCGCUCCCGGGCCGGGCCUCGGCCUCCAGAAGCGCUUCAAUCCUGCAAAGGGGAGGUUGGUGGUUUGCGGUCAUGGGACACUGGAGGGCGACGGUGUUUUCUGCAUCCUGAGCGACGACCACGGACAAACCUGGUACAACGGUGCAGCGCUGAAAAGCAUCCCCUACAACCAGAAGAAAAAAGCGCAGGACUUCAACCCUGAUGAGUGCCAGCCAAUUGAGUUGACUGACGGGACCAUCGCCAUCAACGUCCGGAACCAGAACAACUACCACUGCCGGUGCCGCAUUGUGGUGCACAGCUAUGAUGGAGGGUUGACCCUGCCCUUAGAAGGCCUGAUUUUUGACGAGGCACUGGUGGAUCCUGUAGUGGCAGCCGGAGCUCUGCAAAAAGAGGGCGUGAUCUACUUCACCAACCCCUCCAAUGAGCAAAAGAGAGUGAAUCUAACCCUGAAAUGGUCGCUGACAAACGGCAUGUCUUGGGAGAACAAAGCUGUCCAGAUAUGGGCAGGUCCGAGCGGCUACUCCAGUAUGACAUCACUGGACAGCGGCUCUGUAGAAGACCGCAAGUACAUCUUUGUCAUCUACGAGAAGGGCCAGAAAGACUAUUUCGAGACUGUCUCGUUCACCAAGAUCCACCUGUAUGGUGGUCGUUAAGAGCACACGAGGACGUAGGUAGAGCAAAGUCAGACAUGAACUAUGGUGCAAACUAAACAUAAAUAACUUAUCUGUUUUGUCUCAGAUUUAAACACUUAAGGGAAAAAGAAAACCGGAAGAGGUUUGUUUUUUGUUUUUUUUUUUUGUUUUUUAAUCCAUCAGCUUUCUCAGGAAGAUAAACAGACUCAUUCUAGGAUAUCACGAAAAUGGAGAAAGAAGAAUCUGCACGCACACAUUUUGUGAUUACGCCAUCAAAAAAGAUUUUUCUCUCAUGUAAUCCUUCUGUCCUUUACCUUUUUCAAAGGGGGUUUAAAUCACGUGUUUUGUAACCCUUUAAUUUUAGCGCCUUGAGGCGACUUAUGUUGUGAUUUGGCGCUAUAUAAAUAAAAUUGAAUUGAAAUGAAUUUUAUUUGCCAAGUAACUGCACAGCUGCAAAAUUUGGGCAGAGAAAUAUGUCAAAGCAGGAAAUGCUGAAGAUUGUUUUACAGACGGGGUACAUAGUUUACAAAAAGCUGAUUGUUAAGUAUUUUGUAAACCUAAUUGUUUUGGGACAGAAAAAAAACUGUUUGAGUGUGUGAAAGUGAAAAUUACUUUUGAACCACUAUAGAUGCAAGUUUUUUCUUUUACUAUCAUAAAGUUUGCUGUGAAUUCAUGCUGAUUGAAAUCAGUUCUACCUUUAGAAAACUUGUAAUUGUGUAAAAUAAUGGCCUAAAAAAGCAAAACCUUUUUUAAAAGAUAUAUAUUUUCACUUAUAAAUUCUCUUUAAUUGUUUCUUUGAGGUUUAAAUAAUUGUUUCAUAUACAUGUGUGGAAGAAUGUGUGAAUGAAAAGGUGCCUAACGUAACCCAAAAUGUAUUUGUUUGUA